AUAUGAUUUUAAUAAUUUUGUUUUUCACGUUUUGUUGUUGUCGAGUAUCGGGAGUAAUUUACCAGUUAAAUGACACAGAAUAUAUUAAAAUGCCGCCUGUGUUCCACCUUGACCCUUACGAGUUGUGUAUUCAACAAACAGGAGGUGUCUAUUGUAUGGUGGAUUUUGAUUUAGUUGCAAGCAAUGAUAGCCAACUACUAAAUAUGAUACACGAAUAUAGCGAGCGGAAAGAAACCCAUUUCAAUCAUUCACGGCUACAUUAUGGUAUUUGUUUAAAUAAAUCAUGCACUGAUUUAAAUCCGAAUACAACUGAUUCAAAAGAUUUAAAUUUAAUCAUUGAAAAAUGUUUGAAUACAACAUUUUGGAAGGAAUACAAAUUAAACAUUAAGAUAAAUGAAGAUGUUAUAUGUCAUAAUAAAGAUCCAAUAUAUCAUAUAGAGUCAGGCGAUAUAGCAAUCGCUAUAAUAUGUGUUUGUUUAUUAAUAAUAAACUUGACUGUAAGUGUUUACGAUUUAGUGAUCGUAAAAAAUAACGAUGAAGGCAUAAAGUGGUUGCUUUGCUUUUCAAUAAAGCGUAACUGGGUUAAGUUAACAGAUGGGACAAGAAAUAAUAUUGAAAACAAAAUUAAUAGUUUUAAAAGUUUUAACGGCAUGAAGGUUAUAAUUAUAUGCCUUGUGAUAACGAUACAUUCGUUAUUGCCCUUCGGAUCUUUUGUAGAUAAUACGCAUUACAUAGAAACAAUAUUCAGUGAAAUUCAAUACCAUUUGCUUAUCGAUGGCACUGUCGUAAUUCAGUCAUUCUUUAUGAUUUCUGGCUGUUUGUUAUCUUAUAAUCUGCAAAUUUCUUCAGAGAAAAACAAUUUAACAUGGAAAAUGAUACCCAAAGGAAUAUUGUUAAGGUGGUUAAGGCUAACUCCGCCAUACGCAGUUGUAUUGGCGAUCACUACAACGGGGCUAAGAUUUGCUGGAACAGGACCAUUGUGGCAAAAAAUGAUAGGACAAGAAAUAAGCGACUGCAGAAGGGACGGUUGGCAGAAUAUGCUGUAUAUAAAUAACUAUUUUGACAACACUCGCUGCAUGGCGCAUACUUGGUAUUUAGCUGCAGAUAUGCAGCUGUUUAUAUUAGGAAUAGUGAUAUUGGUGCUGACGAGAAACGAUCUGCAGAAAAAAGUUGUACUAUCGGUCAUUUUCGUCAUUUCCCUGUUCAUUGCUCCCUUGCACACGUACUUUCAAGAUUUAUACGCUCACGUUACUAUUACUCCUGAAGUUGCUCGGGAGUAUUUCGUCAAAGAUCCAACAUUUAACAACUCAUAUAAGCGCGGCCAUACAAAUAUCACGUGCUAUAUUUUAGGGCUCACUCUCGGCAUUUUAAUUUACAAAUUGCAACAAAAGCAAUUGAAUAUAAAAAGAUAUAAGAAAUACAAAUAUUUGGUUUGGGCAACUAUUCCUAUGAUGGUCAUAAUAAUACUUUGUAGUAGCUUGUUCUAUUUGGUCGGUGUAAUGCCACAUGUUAUAAUCAGAGCUAUUUAUGCAGGCACAUACAGAACUGUGAUUGGAUUUCUUCUGUUCAUCUUUAUGUUAGCAAUGGUAUUUAAACUUGAAAAUGUCUACAGAGCGAUAUUAGAAUGGAACGGAUGGACGUCGACCGUUCGCGUCUCGUAUUGCGCUUACGUACUGCAUCUGAUGUUGGUACAAAUCCUCACUUACUCUAGGACUACAUUAAACCAUGUUACGAUACCUCAAGCUAUAACAACAAGCGUGGGAUCAAUCGUCAUCAGCUACUUAGUUGCUAUACCACUUUGGUUACUCGUCGAAUCACCAACCAGUCAACUCAUCAAAAUUCUAGCAUCUUAUGAUAAUAGGAAAAAUAAAAGUCAUUUGUAAUGUAAUGUAUGUAAAUAAA